AUGUCGACUCAAACCAUCAAGGACACUUUGGCUCCUCGCGAGACCAACGGUCAGGUUGUCUUUUUGAAGAAGCUUCACUGGUUCAAGACGGAAUCACAGGUAGAAGUCCAUGUCGACAGAAUCAUUCGUCCGCGCCAGGUCGAGUACCACUGGCCAGAAAAGGAUGACACAGCAAAGAAGGCGAAGAAGCAAAACAUGGGCUAUGUUUGGAUCGUGUGCGAGAACAAAUAUGCAGCAAAAACCCUCGUGGAGGAGGUCAACCUUGAGGAGAGAAAAGGAGGAUUCUACGGGCGGACUCUCGAAGCAGUCCAUACACAUCGUAGACCGCGCCUGCCUCUUCAGAACAGACAUCACACGAACAGACCGCACCACACGCCUCCAAGCAACACGCCUUCAGCUUCAACAGCUCCUCCUCCUGUGUUGGACUUUCAUCUCACGUCCGCAGACCCGGCAUGCGGUACCGCCCACAUGAGACCAUCCCACGCAACCACGACACCUGGAAGCACUCAUGCCGCCCUUGUUGCCAAUAUUAAACCCACCAUGAACGGUGAUGUCUUGGUGAAUUCCCAGCCUCAGAACUAG